AUGGUGGACAAUCCAGUGAAUAAGAGCAAUAUCCAAGGCGGCAUCUGGCCGCGCAUGCCCAAAGAGUUCGAGUCCUACCUCUUUUACAAAAUCACCAAUGUGGACAGAUUCCGCCUUGACCUCAAAGACUUUAUCGGGAACAUCACCACCGGCCUAGAAUGUGAACUGCUUCUGUCGAAGAUUAAGCAGGCAGAAGAAGCUGGCAUGCCCAUCAAAAUUCCCAUGGCGAGUAUCAAUGUGUCAUUUACUCAGAAGGGACUGCAGAAGCUCGGCAGAGCCGAAAUCGACGACGGACUAUACGAGAAGGGAAUGUACAGCGAUCUUAUCUUCGAGGGUGCUGAUAUUCCUGAGAGAUUGCUUCCGGAGUUCAAGCCUCCACCUGGACAUAAUUCCGAAGAUGACAGUUGGCGUUGUGAUUUGGUUUUUAUCGUAGCUGCUUCGGACGAGAAAAAUCUGAACGAAGGAAUCGCGAAGAUUGAGACCAAUUUCCAUCUGCGGGACUUGAACAAGGCUAGUCUAGGCUUGGUGGUCGCAAAGCAUGGACAGCGUCGGCCAGGAGACUUUCGCGGCAGAGAGCACUUUGGAUUUGAGGACCACAUCUCGCAGCCUCAAAUUCAGGGAUUGGACCCCAAGCCACAGCCUCGUGAGCCGCUUUCUUGUCUUCCGGGAUACAUCUUCGUUGGUCAUGACGGUGACCCAAGAAAAAACCAAAUGCCCCCUUGGUCCUAUGAAGGUAGUUUCCUCGUAUUCCGUCAGUUAGACGAGAAGGUGCCUGAGUUCAACAAAUUCAUUGCGGACGCCGCCAGCAAAAUUCCAAACUACCAGGGAGAAAAUGGUGCUGAGAAACUGGCAGCUCACAUGAUGGGACGUUGGAAGAGUGGUGCGCCCGUGGCUUUAACUCCAGAUCAUGACGACCCAAGUCUUGCAUUCAGAAAUGACUUCGACUUUCGACCCAAGCAGAGCAUUUUGGGAUGCCCGUUUGCCGCACACGCCCGCAAAAUGCGCCCAAGAGCUGACCAUAAGCGCGACCUUGGCGAUGACGAUGACUUCGUGAAAGGGGAAUUCACUGACCCACAAAAGCACGAUACCAGCAAUCCUCCGGAUCUUGAAGCUGACAGUGACGAGGAGCCCGACCAAGAGCCCGACAAAGAAGAUGCUAGCGUGAUCCUGCGACGAGGUAUCACAUUUGGUCCUGAGCUUGGAGAGGAUGAGAAGGAAAAGACUACCAAGAGCCGUGGCAUUUACUUCACCUGCUACCAGAGUGAUAUUCGAGAUGGGUUCAACCUUCUCAUGACUCGCUGGGCAAGCAAUAGCGUUUUCCCCACGUCCAAGAAGAGAGCUUUCAAGGAUGGCCCUGGAAUGGAUCCGUUUAUAAACCAGAGACAGCGUAAAGAUCAUCCCGAAGGUCACAUCAGUCUCUACGAUGGAGUUGAUAAGGAAAAGACUUACAAGCUUGAGCUUGGUACUAGCCCUUGGGUGGAUCAGCGCGGUGGUGAAUAUUUCUUUACGCCAUCGAUUAGAGGCUUGAACUGGUUCUGCCAUAUCCGCCAGUAG